AUGUCACGUGAUGUGUCAUGUGACCAGAUCCGUGACAUUGCCCACAGGAUCCCCACUUCUGUUUUUAACUAUCCGGAAGGCAUAGAACUAGUUAAGGACGAAAUACGGACUUUUAAUAAGGCCGAAAAUCGCCUAAAACAGAUAGCUGGAUCCGUGGCAAUUGCAUUUGCUACGCCUAAAGAGGCUAGCGCGGCCGUCUGA